AUGUCUGACCUUUGUCCUGUGUACGCUCCAUUCUUUGGCUCUAUCGGCUGCGCUGCUGCGAUCAUCUUCACCUGUUUUGGUGCCUCCUACGGUACUGCCAAAUCCGGUGUUGGUAUCUGUGCCACCUGUGUUUUGAGACCAGACCUCCUGAUCAAGAACACCGUUCCAGUCAUUAUGGCCGGUAUCAUUGCCAUUUACGGAUUGGUGGUGUCGGUCUUGAUCUCCUCGUCACUGAAGCAACAGCAGGCCCUUUACACUGGUUUCAUCCAAUUGGGUGCUGGUCUCUCUGUCGGCCUCUCUGGUUUGGCCGCCGGCUUUGCCAUCGGUAUUGUUGGUGACGCUGGUGUCAGAGGUAACGCUCAACAACCAAGAUUGUUUGUGGGUAUGAUUCUGAUUUUGAUUUUCGCCGAAGUCUUGGGUCUGUACGGUCUGAUUGUCGCCCUUCUGCUCAACUCCAGGGCUACUCAGGACGUCGUCUGUUAA